AUGGCACCCUCUCCCCUCUCUGUCCAGUUAACUGCUCCUAACGGGGUCACCUACGAGCAACCCCUUGGCUUGUUCAUCAACAAUGAGUUUGUUGCCGCUCGGUCAGGCGAAACCAUUGACGCUGUCAACCCUUUUAACGAAUCCGUCAUCGCACGAGUCCACGCCGCCGGGGCCAAGGAUGUUGAUACUGCCGUUCAGGCUGCCCGUGAGGCCUUCAAUGGGCCCUGGGGAGAAGUGACGUGCACUGAGAGGGGUCGUCUUCUGAGCCGUCUGGCUGAUCUUGUCGAGGCUCAAGCUGAGACGCUGGCUACUGUUGAGUCGUGGGACGGUGGCAAGCCAUUCCAUGUUGCCCUGCAAGAGGACGUACAGGAGGUCAUCGCCGUGUUCAGAUACUAUGCGGGAUACGCAGACAAAUUACAUGGCCAAGUAAUCGAGACUGAAAAGAACCAGCAUGUCUUCACCACCCGCGAACCUAUUGGUGUCUGUGGCCAAAUUAUCCCUUGGAACUACCCCCUCAGCAUGGCAGCCUGGAAGCUGGGUCCUGCCAUCGCGACUGGAAACUGCGUUGUCAUCAAGGCAGCCGAGCAGACACCGCUAUCCAUCCUAUACCUAGCGACUCUUUUCAAGGAAGCUGGCUAUCCAAAGGGUGUCGUCAAUGUCAUCAAUGGUUAUGGUAGAGAUGCAGGCGCUGCCCUUGCGUCGCACAUGGGUGUUGACAAGAUCGCCUUUACCGGCUCGACACAGACCGGCCGAGAGAUUAUGAAGCUCGCGUCAGGAAACCUCAAGAGUAUUACUCUGGAAACAGGCGGAAAGUCACCGCUGGUCGUCUUCGACGAUGCCGACCUAGACAAGGCAGCAUACUGGGGACAUGUUGGAAUCAUGUCAAACGCCGGCCAGGUCUGCACUGCCAACAGCCGAAUCUUUGUGCACGAAAAGGUCUACGACGACUUUCUCCGCCGGUUCCUGGAAAAGGCUGCCUCUGCCAAGGUCGGAGACCCUUUCGCGGCCGACACGUUCCAGGGCCCCCAGGUCAGCCAGGCGCAGCGAGACAGGAUUCUCCAGUACAUUGAGAUUGGAAAGUCCGAAGGCGGAACGCUGGCCCUCGGAGGUAAGGUCCACGAAACUGCUGGUAGCGGCAGAGGGUACUUUGUUGAGCCAACCGUCUUUACAAACGUCAAGGACGACAUGACAAUUUACCGUGAAGAGAUCUUUGGUCCGGUCGCUGCCGUCCUUUCAUUCAAGACAGAAGACGAGGUUAUCAAACGAGCAAAUGACACCUUCUUUGGUCUUGGUGCUGCUCUUUUUACUAAAGAUGUGAGCCGGGUUCAUCGAAUCUCGCGCAAGAUACAAAGCGGUACUGUCUGGGUCAACAGCAGCAACAACUCGGAUAUCCGAGCGCCGUUUGGAGGAUACAAGCAAUCGGGGGUUGGUCGCGAGUGUGGGCAAGCUGGAAUCGAAGCUUACACCAACAUCAAGACUGUUUAUAUCACGCUGGACUAG